AUGCAAGUUGAUGAAGAGCGCCCAGGCUCAAUUGUAAGUUACCUCCCAUGAUCGUGGAUGACUUGAAGCUGUUUAGGUGUCUCCAAAAACUCUGGAACGCAUUUCAAAAGCAGUCCAAGGGACCAGAAAUGAAGUGGACCUAAACCAUGCUGUAGAUCAAUUUGUUUACGCGGAGAAGUUCCAAGAAGAUGCUUACAAACUCAUCGAAGUCACACCAGACAUUGCUGAUCAUGUAGUUCAAGGAGGAGAGUAUGUUUUUAUUGUUUUUUGUUGAAUUUUAGAUGAGAACCUCAUGGAUAAUAUAAUUUAGCAAAAAUACCCGCGAAGUCGAUUGCUUAUUGGCGAAAGGGGUUGUUUCCUGAAUCCACAGGGCUUAUGGUAACUUUUUAAUCUGUUUUAGUUUCUACAUGAUUGGCGAUCCGUUGGAUAAUUUGACCUUCUGCACUCCGGGGAAAACAUUCCAAACGAGGGAGAUCGAGCGGUCCAACUGUAUGGUAGUCUCAGAUAUGAAAUGUCCGCCUCAAUGCACGAGUGAUACACCGUCUCAGCGAAUUUCAAAAGUUAUGGCAACCACUUACAAAUCUAUUGAUCUCAGCGAGAAAACACUGCUAAAUUCCGAAAAAUUCAAAGCUUUAGACCGCCGGGGAGUCAAUCUGUUUGAAGAUAAUCCAGUGUUUAAUCAAGAGUGAGUCGUUUUCUGUGAUAAAACUGCUUGAAUUAUUUUUUCACAUCAAGUUUUCCAUGGAUAAUAUAAUUUGGUCUAUUUUUCAGAAAAUUGUCGCUUAAACAAUUCAUUCACAGCAUUCCAUUGUCAAUUGAGCAGACCAAACAGAAACUGAAGUCAUAUCCAAUUUUUGAGCUAAACAGUAAGUUAUUUUAACAUUGUUCUUCUACGUUUAGAUCAACUUUAUCAACUGGAUGAGGAUGGUCGAAAAGAGCUUCUUUUGCAACUUUGCGACUAUGUCGACGAGUUUUCGAGGUCUGAUGUGAUGAACAAUUUCCAACGUCAGGACAUUGCUUCAGCCGAUUUUUUUAUCGAAAUUGGAAGGAGGUUCUCGUUGGAGGUGGUGGAAUCUUUGACAAGCUGGAUUUUAUUUACGUUCUUUGAGGAGAAUAAGAAAAAGAAUCCAUCUGGUAGGAUUUUUUCUUUGAUAUGGGAGAACUGAGAGCAUGGAAUUUUGUUUAAUUAAAAUUAUAUUACUUUAGGUCUAAAACAUCAAAAAUCUUCAAAAGUUCCUCAAAAUUCGCCUAAAUUGUGUGCAGUGAACGCGGUACCAAACACCUAAAGGAAUUUUAUUUUAGAUACAGCCACAUACAGCCCCAAUGAGGUUGCCUUUUCCCGAGAAAUCGCGAUUAUGGUCCUCAAGGAGAAGGCCGCGAACAGAUUUAUUCUAAUGACUGCAUUUGUGACAGAAUUGAGUGUAAGACUCCCACCAGGGGUCCGAUUCGAAGAAGAAUGCCUCAAAGGAAUUUCGUUUGUCAAAACUACUCCCGGCGGCGACAGGAAGAUCAUGUAUUUUAAUCAUGCAGACAUGCCGUUGGAUCUGGAUGAAAGGUGAGGAAAUUGGAGGUGUAAAAGGUUAUAGAAGCCCUUUAAAAAGUUGAAAUUUUUUGAAGUGAUGAUUGCAAAAGACUUGUUGAGUCUUAUUUUUGAUUUUCUCAGCUUUUUGAAUAUUUGGAUUACUGUAAUUUUUGGGGUUUUAAAAAGAUUUUUUUUAAAAACGGGGGUUUUGAGGAAAUGAUGAUUUUACAAUUUUUAAAUGUUUGAAAGUGUCCUAAAAUGAUUUUCAUGGAUUUGUCAAGUAAUAAACUAUAUUUCAGACUGUCUGUCUUGUUCUCCAUGUGCCCUCAAUGGUACGUAUCGGACGCCGAACCAUACCUCCAAGACUUCUUGGGCCCCGAUGACACUGUCCUCAAAUUGGUCUCAAAUCGAUGCAGAACCGCCCAUGUGAACGGAAAAGACGUUUUAUAUCCGCUGUAA